AUGAUAGUGUUUCGCAGGCUCGGUACAAGCUUAGCGAACCAUCGAGCCUCCCUCUCCUCCGAACUCGGCUCCCUCUGGGACUUUUUCCGAAUCGACAGAGACAGAAGACGAUCAGCACCCGCCACCUACGAACCCAUCGACACAAAAUCCCCAUCGAGGCUCGCAAAAGAUCUACUCCAAGUCGUCCAAGAAACUGUAUUUACGAAAAAACUAGAAGAAAAGAGGUGCCCCCUCGUCAAAGAGGAAUCGGAUCUGAGCUCCGAGGAUGACGAUGGAACCGAAAGGAGAAUAGCGAACCUUAUCGACUUUUUUUUUACAAUUGUAAAAAGUCAGAAGGAGGAAAGAAAAAACAGCAUAGGAAGCUGUUUCAGAAGUGAACCUAGCCCCGAAGACAAAUACAUGCCCGUGAAAAUGAACACAAUGAAUACCGAUUUGGAACACAAAAUGGAGACCUUGAUUGAAUUUCUAGCGACGACGGGCUGCGUCGAGAAAGAGGACAAAGAUGAAAAUAAAAUUACGCUCAUGGAAUUUCUUUUCGGUACAGACGCAGAUAAAAAAUGGGACAAACCUAUUAUUGAAAUUCAUACAAAAGGUAUGAGCCUUUCCGAAUCUAAUGUUAAUGUAAGGAACUUGUCCUACAUUGACGAAACUCCCGACGAUGAUGGUAACGAAACAUUGGUGGAAAUGCUCCUCAAAUACAUGGAUGGGUACGAAAGUAAAGAAAAGCUCACGCCUAAAUCUUUGUCCGUUACGCCAUCACUUUCAGAAAAGUCUAAAUCUGAUAUGACAAUCAGUAAAUUGGAGACAUAUAGUGAUUUUAGUAAAACAAAAUCAGACUCGACGCUGACUCAUACCCAAGAUACGGUAAUAGAAAGAGAGGAGAGCAAAUCGAGCCGAAGAAUAUCUGAAACUAUGGUAGACUUGAGUCAUGUUAAAUCGGAUUUAGAAGAAAUUUUUGAAGAGGCUGUAGCGCGUGUGUGUGAAUUGAAAAUGAUAUUUAAUGAUACAAUGACCGACCAAGAGGAUAUAGAGAAUUUCAAUAUGUACACGAAACCUCCACAGUUGUCGUUCGCCCAGUACUUACCUUAUAGUAUUGAAUUAUCCGAUAUCAUAGAAGAAGAUGAAACCUCUUCUAGGUGUUUCGAAAAAGUCAUCACUCAAGAAGAUAGAGUGACGCAAGCUAGACACUGUGCAGAAGAGCUACUAAAAUACAUUGAAGAAAGAAUACAAUCAUAUCAAGACGACGACGAUGACAGUUCUGGACCAUCAACUGAAGAAUAUAGUAGAGAAUUUGAUUUAAGUCCAAGCCAAAAAUCCAUAAGCCUUGUAGAUUUAAGAAACAUACCCGAUUUACCGCCCAGUGCCAUGAUGAAACCAAAGGUCUUAAAAGUCGACAAAUCCACAUCGACAACAGAAAUAUCAGAUUCCAUAUCAGAACUUUCAAAACGGAUCGAUUCAUCGUGUAUGACUGAAGACACCACACUUAGUUCUAAUUCGGAAAGAAGCGAGCGGGCCUUAGGUAAAUUAGAAUCCUUGCAUCGGUUUUUCUCUAGAUCUCGAUUAGAAAUAAUCGACGAGAGCUUAGAAGAGAAUGGAGGCAAAGUAAAAAGUCCAAAAGACAAAAAUGAAGAAACCAAAAUUGAAAGCGAAUUGAAGCCUGGACAAGCCAGCUUAGAUGAUGUUGAAGAUUUAAUAGAAGAUAAUGAUAAAACUGAAAAAGACCUUGAACGAGCUGAAAAAAGUAUUGAAGAGACAUUUAUAGAUGGAGAUACAAGUAAAAAUAAAGAAAAAGAAAAUCAAGGAGAAAAGACAGAUGCAGCUAAAUUUGCAUCAAAUAGAGAUGAAGACAUGAAGAAUACAGAAAAUCAUUUGAAAUCCAUAGACACAAACAUGACGAAUAAAGAUGUUGAAGACAUCGAUAUAGACUUACAGAAGAUAGAUGACGGUACUGAAGUGAGAAACAAAGACACAGAAAGCACAAACAAAGAUUAAGAGAGAAAUUAUAUAAAUGUUAUAAAUACGUAUGUUGAAAGAGUUUAAAUAUAUAAAUCAGAAUAUGUA